AUGACGACCACACAAGGCGCUAUCAGCAAGCGUCGCAAGUUCGUCGCGGACGGUGUCUUCUACGCCGAGUUGAACGAGUUCUUCCAGCGCGAACUCGCUGAGGAGGGCUACUCCGGUGUCGAAGUCAGAGUCACUCCUACUGUCACCGAUAUCAUCAUCCGCGCAACACACACUCAAGAAGUCCUCGGCGAACAAGGCCGCCGCAUCCGCGAACUCACAUCCCUGAUCCAGAAGCGGUUCAAGUUCCCGGAGAACAGCGUCUCCCUGUAUGCCGCAAAGGUCCAGAACCGCGGUCUCUCAGCCGUCGCGCAGUGCGAGUCCCUCCGAUAUAAGCUUCUCAAUGGAUUGGCCGUGAGACGUGCGUGCUACGGUGUGUUGAGAUUCAUUAUGGAGAGCGGUGCCAAGGGCUGCGAGGUCGUUGUCUCGGGAAAGCUGAGGGCUGCGAGAGCGAAGAGCAUGAAGUUCACAGACGGCUUCAUGAUCCACUCCGGUCAGCCUGUCAACGACUUCAUCGACAGCGCGACCCGCCACGUCCUCCUCCGCCAGGGUGUCCUGGGCAUCAAGGUCAAGAUCAUGCGCGGCUCCGAUCCCGAAGGCAAAGCCGGCCCCCAGAAAUCCCUGCCCGACUCCGUCACAAUCAUCGACCCCAAGGAAGAACAACCCGUUGUGCAACCCAUGUCUCAAGACUACGGUGCCAAGGCUCUGGCUGCCCAGCAGGCUGCUCAGGACGCGAGGGCGCAGGAAGAGGCUGGUGGCCAGACGGACGGUGCGGGCGAGGAUCAGUUCAACGGAGCACAGGAAUAG